GUUAACCCCUGCUUGGCUGGGCUGGCUGGAGCUCCGCGGGCCGGAACCCGCGAGUCGGGGCUCCCCAGCCACACCCCUCGCGGGAUUUAAAGGGGCAGGAGGGGCUGGGCCCGGUCGAAUCCCGAACCUAGGGAGCGGGCAUGAGGCGCUGCCCGUGCCGGGGAAACCUGAGCGAGGCGGAGGCUGGGGCGCUGCCGGGGACAGCCCGCAUGGGACUGGCGGCGACGCGAGGGGGGCGGCGGCGGCAACCGGGGCAGCAACGACCUGGGCCCGGCGCAGGGGGCCCGGCGGGGCGGCCGGAGAGGGGCGGGCCCCGGGCCCGGACCGAGGAGUCCAACCUCCACACCGAGCCCGAGAGGGCCGGCCUCGGGCCUGAGUCGGGGACCGACGGACAGGCUGAGCCUGAAGCAGCUGGCUCCGGGGCGGGGACGGAGCGGCCCAGCCAAAAGACGGAGCCAGGCAGGUCCAUCCUCCGGACACAUCCAGAAAGGAGCAGCCACUGGUCAGAACUGGAGACAGCCGGUGACUGGACGGAGACUAGUACAGAUGGCUUUUGGACUGAUCCACACAGGUCUGACCUUCAGUGUCAGCCAGAGAGGGCUAACCUCUGGGCACAGCAAGGGGUUGAUGGGCCCUGGGCAGAGCUAGAAAUACAUGGGUCACAGACCCAGCCAGAGAGGGCCAAGCCCAGGGCUGAUAACCUCUGGACCCACCAGAACAGGUCCAGCAUCCGGACUCAGCCAGAAGGGGCCUCUCUCUCAACAGAGCCAAAUGCUGAUGGCUCUCGGAAAGAAUUGUACAUUGAUGGCUCCAGGACACAACAGGAUACGGAAACAACCUGGAAACAGCUUGACAUCGAUGGUUUCCCAACACAACAAGAUACUGAUGGCUUCUGGCCACAGCCUGGCACUGAUGGACCCCAGACACAAGAUACUCAUGGACCCCAGACAGAGCCUGGGACAGACUGCCUUUUGGGGGAGCCCAACCAAGAUGGCUCGUUAGAGGAACCAGAACACGGGGAGUUGGUGACUCACCUGUACUCUCACCAGGAGUGUUGCCCCCUGACCCCUGUGCCCCGCCUCAUCAUCACUCCUGAAACCCCCGAGCCUGAGGCUCAGCCAGUGGGACCCCCCUCCCAGUUUGAAGGGGGCAGUGGAGGCUUCUCCUCUGCCUCCUCUUUCGACGAGUCUGAGGAUGACGUGGUGGCCGGGGGUGGAGGUUCCAGCGACCCCGAGGACAGGUCUGGGAACAAACCGUGGAAGAAGCUGAAGACAGUGCUGAAGUAUUCGCCCUUCAUGGUCUCCUUCCGAAAACACUACCCUUGGGUCCAGCUGUCUGGACACUCUGGGAACUUCCAGGCAGGAGAGGAUGGUUGGAUUCUAAAGCGUUUCUGUCAGUAUGAGCAGCGCAGCCUGGAGCAGCUGAUGCGCGACCCCCUGCGACCUUUCGUGCCAGCCUACUAUGGCAUGGUGCAGCAGGAUGGCCAGGCCUUCAACCAGAUGGAAGAUCUCCUGGCAGACUUUGAGAACCCCUCCAUCAUGGACUGCAAGAUGGGCAGCAGGACCUACCUGGAGGAGGAGCUGGUGAAGGCGCGAGAACGGCCCCGGCCCCGGAAGGACAUGUAUGAGAAGAUGGUGGCUGUGGACCCUGGGGCCCCGACGCCCGAGGAACAUGCCCAGGGUGCAGUCACCAAGCCCCGCUACAUGCAGUGGAGGGAGACCGUGAGCUCGACCUCCACCCUGGGUUUCCGGAUCGAGGGCAUCAAGAAAGCCGAUGGGACCUGCAACACUAACUUCAAGAAGAUGCGGAAACUGGAGGAGGUGACAAAGAUGUUGGAGGACUUUGUGGAUGGGAACCGCGGAAUCCUGAAAAAGUACGUGGCACGCCUAGAGGAACUCCGUGAAGCUCUGGAGAACUCCCCCUUCUUCAAGACCCACGAGGUGGUAGGCAGCUCCCUCCUCUUUGUGCAUGACCACACCGGCCUGGCCAAGGUCUGGAUGAUCGACUUUGGCAAGACAGUGGCCCUGCCUGACCACCAGACGCUCAGCCACCGGCUGCCCUGGGCCGAGGGCAACCGCGAGGACGGCUACCUCUGGGGCCUGGACAACGUGAUUCACCUCCUCCAGGGCCUGGCCCAUAGCUGACCUGCUCGCCCACCAUCACGUUUAUUUAUUGCAUGGUGCCCGUGUGGCCGGAGGGGCCCCGAGAUGCAUGGGGGCCUGAAGCCCAGGGAUGGGAAAGGUUGCACUGCACACCACGCAGGACCAGUGCAGAAGAUGCAGAGGGCCUUGGCGAUCAGGUGGCACCGCACCCUCGGGGGCGGGGAGGUUGUUAAGAGCCCGAGAGGUGCGUGCCCUGGCUGGGUCCUGCGGUGAGUCAGAACCAGACUGGGUCCCCUGACCAGCCAGGAAGGCUUCUGAGGGGCUGCAGAGGCCCUGAGAGAACACAGUGCAUGUACUGCAGGGCACGGGCGUGACCUCAGGCCUGUCACCACAUGGAUGACUGUAACCUCGGCCUCCUCGUCAGCCCCUCCCUCUACGAGCUGGCCCCUCGCAGGCCCGAGAACCAGACCUCAUUUGUGAGCAAAUGUAGCAGCCCUUGGUUGGCCCGCCCGGGAGAGUUAUAGCCCAGUCUCUUCAUCUGGGGUCCCUCCAAGUGCUGACAGAGGCUUUGAGGGUGUGGCACCCUGGGACUGGCUUGAGAGCUGCCACCGCUGGGCAGGGCCCAGUUCACCCUGUCCUACCCGCCCUUGGCCCCAUGGGCUCCUGCCCUGCUCCUGGGAGAACUCUGCUGACCCCCCUGCAGGCUGAAACCACAGCCAUGUCCCAUGCCAGCACUGUGACCAGCACAACCUUGUUCCUCAGGCCUCAGCCUCGGGACGUCCUCCUUCUGCCCUUUACCCUUUUCUGUCUCCUCCCUCCUAGCGGACUGUGGUGGCAGGAAGGGCAUUCAGAAGGAAAAGGGAAAAGCAGGCUUGGGAACCAGCUGCCUUCCUCGGGAGGGCCCCCAUCCCUGGCCUCUACUGUGAAGAGGCCCCGCUUGGGCCUGUGGUGCAGGGUAGGUGGGCCUGCAGCCUGGUCCAAACCAAAGACCCCAGCACUCUGAGGUGUGGGUGGUGCCCCUCUGUCCUCCUCCUGCUCCUAACUUUGGGUUCCUGGCCUACAAGGCUGGGCUUGGGGAGGACAGGUGCCCCCCCUCUCCCUUAGCCAAAGCUCUAACGUGGUCUUCCGGCUGACGUGUGCUCCUUUUCUACUGACCAUCUUUAUACUUAUUUAUAUGAGAGGUAGUUGUUAAGACGGGGCAGCGCUGGGGAACAGGAGGCAAAACUGCUUCACUGCCUUCCCAUGACGACACCCCAAUAAACAGCACAUUUACAGUCA